GUUAGGUUCUUCAGUUCCCAGUACACCCAACCACGCGCCAACAGCCUCAGGAUCCAACCCCGAAGCCCCGGCCCAUUGAGGACACAUUUAUUCCAAGCUGCCUGCUUCCAUUUAACUUCUCUGGACGAAACAUUAUCCUCUCAAGAGCCUCGCCUCGAAACGUUGCGACCGCUGCCAACGCCGAACGACUUCCAAGCUCUUGCGUGCUUAACCAAGCUUCCUAAAGCACGCGCGAAACCCCGACGAACGUCAUACUCCAAUCCUCAAGACCGACGCACACUCCCCAUACUCUACCUGUGUUCCGAAAAUCAAGCAAAAUGUCGGGCGAAGCGUGGCUAUACCUCUUCGCGGUGCUGAUAAAUGCCGUCAACCUCUUCCUCCAGGUGUUCUUCACCAUUAUGUACAGCGAUCUCGAAUGUGAUUACAUCAACCCGAUAGACCUCUGCAACCGCCUGAACACGUACAUCAUCCCCGAAGCCGCCGUCCAUGGAUUCCUAACUUUCAUGUUCCUCAUCAACGGAUACUGGCUGCCAGUGCUUCUGAACCUUCCACUCCUGGUGUGGAACAUCAAGAAGAUCGUGGACAAUACCCAUCUCCUCGACGCAACCGAGAUAUUCCGGAAGUUGAACGUGCACAAGAAGGAAUCAUUCACGAAGCUUGGUUUCCAUCUCGUCAUGUUCUUCUUCUAUCUAUACAGCAUGAUCGUAUUCCGAGCAUCUAUGUUCCGGCAGAUGGCCGACUUCAGCGAGUACCCGCCUAAUAUGGCGCCACAAGACGCCCUUGUGGUCCGCCAGCAAGCCGAACCGGACCAUGCUGUCGUCCCGUACACGGCCGAAGACCUCGCGCGACCGCGGCUUGGGCCGGCCAACCCGUUCAAGGACGAGUCUACGCAGAACCUGCUGAAGCGGAAGAACGUCCUGACCGGCUUCGCGCAGGAGACGAUUGUGAGCGAACACACCUUCCGCAGCAAGCACCGCGCCAUCGAGAGGCGCGGUGGGCCAGAGCGCGAAUUCGUGUCGGGAGCCCAGGCAAAGGAGGAGGCGGCGAGGAUACGCUCGAGCCGCGAGACGAGGGGGAAGGCCGCCGUCGCCGAGGGCGAUGAUGCGUACGUCGGCCCUUGGGCGAAAUACAAGCAGGCCGAGUACGAGGAGAUCGAGGUCGGCGAUGAAGACGAGCUCGCCAGCGACGAGGAGUACGAGAUUGUCGAGGAGGAUGGAGACGUUGUGGAAAGCGGGACGGUCAUACAAGCCCCGGCACAGGCGCUGGCCCGACGGAAGGAGGUGGAAGAGAUGGGCGAAGAAACCACGACAUUCCACGGCGACAGCGAGUACGAUUACCAAGGUCGGACCUACAUGCACGUGCCGCAAGACCUGGACAUCGACCUACGGAAGGAGCCUGGGAGCGCCACGAACUUCAUUCCCAAGAAGUUGGUACAUACGUGGAGGAGCCACACGAAGCCGGUCACUUCGUUGCGCCUCUUCCCCAACUCGGGUCAUCUGCUGCUCUCUGGCAGCGCCGACACCACCAUCAAGAUCUGGGACGUCUACCACCAGCGGAAUCUUCUCCGGACGUUCUCUGGCCACACAAAGGCCAUUUCGGACCUCUCCUUCAACAACGAGGGCACGCGCUUCCUGUCCGGUUCGUUUGACCGCAUGAUGAAGCUGUGGGAUACGGAGACAGGCGUCUGCAUCAACAAAUUCACCACGGGCAAGACGCCGCACGUCGUUCGCUUCAACCCGUCCGUCGAGCACGCCCACGAGUUCCUGGCCGGCAUGUCGGACAAGAAGAUUGUCCAGUUCGACACGCGAGCCGGCAACGAGGUGGUCCAGGAGUACGACCACCAUCUGGCGGCCAUCAACACAAUCACCUUCGUAGACGAGAACCGGCGGUUCAUGACGACAUCGGACGACAAGUCGCUUCGGGCGUGGGACUACAACAUCCCCGUGCCGAUCAAGUACAUCGCCGAGCCGUACAUGUACCCGAUGACUCGGUCGGCGCUGCACCCGAGCGGCAAGUACGUGGCGUACCAGAGCAGCGACAACCAGAUCGUCGUGUACGGCGCGACGGACAAGUUCCGGCAGAACCGCAAGAAGAGCUACCGGGGGCACAACAACGCGGGCACGGCCGCCGACCUGACGUGCAGCCCUGACGGCCAGUUCCUCGCCAGCGGCGACAGCGCGGGCUUCGUCUGCUUCUGGGACUGGAAGACGUGCAAGAUGUACCACAAGAUCCAGGCCAGCGACCAGGCCGUCACCUGCGUGCAGUGGCACCCGCAGGAGACGAGCAAGGUCGUCACCGCGGGCAUGGCCGGCGACAUCAAGUUCUGGGACUGA